AUGUUUGCUCCAAGAAUUGAAGAUGAUAAAACUGUUGAUAGCUAUCUAGACUUAAUCUAUAGGCUCUUGAUAUCAGAUAAUAAUUUAGAAAAUAUUGAAGGUGAUAGUGAUAAUUCAAGUUUUACAAGUGACAAUAAUGAUAUUUCAACUGCAGAAAUUGCAUUGAUAUUAGACCCUAGAAUGAAAAACUUUUUGUUUGUAAAUAGAUCUAAAUAUACACAGCAAAAAUCACAAGCUAAAUUCCUUUUAAGGGAUUUAUAUACUCAACUAAAACAAGACCAAGCAAUUAAAAAUCUUAAGGAGACAACUUUGACAAUGAAUCCGAUCAACAAUACUGAGGACAUAUUUUUGAGAAUGUAG